AUGUCCGACUCAGAUCUGGAAGAACCAUCACCUUAUGUUACGCUUAUAUCUAGUGAUGGAUACACAUUUCAAAUUACUCGAGAAGCAGCAAUGGUGAGCGGGACUCUCAAGGGAAUGCUCAAUACAUCAUUUCAGGAAUCGUCAACAAGUACAAUAAAGCUUCAUGAGCUAGAUUCGCAGCUCCUUGAGAAGGUUGUCGAGUAUUUAUACUACAAUCUCAAGUAUAAGGACAAUGUGAAUAUUCCAGAAUUCGAUAUUCCCACUGAGAUGGCAUUGGAACUGUUAGUGGCGGCAGAUUUUUUAGAUGUUUGA